AUGCCCGUCAUCAAGGGCAUUCUUACGGUACUUCCAGCUCCGGAAGGAUAUGCGGUUGACUUCGCCAACCCUCAACGGCAGGCCGUGCCGGAUGCUUUCUAUGUUGCCGGCAUAGGCUCAGUUCUCAGCCUGCUUCUUAUGGCACAGCGUCUUUACACCAAAGCAUUCCUUGUAGGAAAGCUUCAAGUUGAUGAUGACAUGUUCGCGGUAGGAGCUGGGGGUGUUCACGGAUGGGAGAUUCCAGUUGAGAAGUUCAAUAUUUUCAUGCUUGACGUCUUCCUCGCCGCCCCUAUCUACACCCUUUGCGGAAGCUUUGCCAAAGUUUCUCUUCUCAUAUUCUAUGUGCGCCUGUCACCGCAAAGAUGGUUCAAAUGCUCUGUGUUGAUCACGCUGGCUGUCAUUAUUUGCUACAGUCUUGGGAUCUUCUUUGCCCUCGUAUUCGCAUGCGAUCCGAUCGCGAUGAACUGGGACGCAACAAUCACUGAAGGAACCUGCAUCAACCGACCGGCCCUAUACAUCGCUACAGCCGUUGCUAACAUAGUCUCCGACAUCAUGCUUUUUGCGUUGCCGCUUCCCAUCGUGGUAAAGCUACAAAUUCCGCGGCGCCAGAAGAUCGGGCUGUUCUUCAUCUUCGCAGUGGGGUCUCUAACUGUCGUCACCUCCAUCGUGCGAGUCUCGCUUUUACCGGCCAUGCUCACCAGCCUGGACCAAAGCUGGGCCAUUUCAUACGCCAGCCUUUGGAUCAUUAUCGAAGCAAAUCUUCUCAUCAUCUGCGCCGCUCUCCCAACCCUUCGAAGAUUUCUCCGUCACGUCGCUCCCAAGAUUAUCGGCGAAAGCACAUAUGGCAAGGGUACCAAAAAGACCGAUCCUGGAAGCAAACACUUGAGUCGGAUGACGAUUGGGGGCACAAAGGGCACACGCAAUCGCAACGAAUAUUCGGAAUUCGACCGCGAUAACAGCCCUGAGACGUUCGUCAUGACAAGUGUGGGAACCAGUAAGCCCGAAGUGGAUAACACAGCCAACAGCGAACAUGACGCAGCCUGGCAAGACGACUCGUCAGAAAAGGCCAUCAUCUAUGGCAACACAAUAGUCCAGACCAAGACCGUGACGGUGGAGUAUAGCUCUAGUAAAUGA